AUAGACACUGCCUUUUAAGUAAACAAUCAAAGCAAGUACGAAAAUAAAUAAUUUUCAAAUUUUCUAGGAACAUUCAAAAUUUUGUUGAUUGGUUGUUCGUUUCGUGCAUUCAAGAUAGUAUAAUGGCUUCAAGUGACUGUGAAAAAAGCCAUAAAGAAGAAUGCUAUGUGUGCGGUAAGCUCUGCUCAAAAAACAGUCUCAAAAGCCAUUUAAAAACACACACAGAUAAUAAGGUUUAUCGUUGUGAUGAAUGUGGAAGAUGUUUAAAGUCGAAAAAAAUAUUAAAAAAACAUAAAACAAUUCACCAAACCCAUUAUGUUUGCCGCAAUUGUUAUAAGAAGUUUGAAACUCAUCAGUCAUAUGAAAGUCAUUCAUGUGUUUCUAGAAAAAUAAGAGACCGCGUAUGUGACACUUGUGGAAAAGCAUUUUACUCUCCUUACGACCUUAAUCGUCACAUCAGGUCCCACACAAAUGAAAAACCGUUUUUAUGCGAUAUAUGUGAUAAAGGGUUCACUCAAAAAAGUAAUCGCGAUAUACACUACCAGGGCCAUUUGAGAGACAAAUCUAUUCCACCUCCAGUACGGGAAAAAAAAUAUGUUUGCGACAUAUGCUUCCAAGCCUUUGGAUGGAGACAACAUUUAAAUAGACAUCGUAAAAUUCAUAGUGGUAUUAAACCUCAUGUGUGUAACAUAUGUAAUCGAGGAUUUAAUCAAUCAACUCACUUAAAGUGUCACUUACUGACUCAUUCAGAGGAAAAGAAAUUUAAGUGUGAGGAAUGCGGUCAAAGCUUUAAAUCGUAUACUAACUUAUAUACUCAUCGUAAAAGGCAUGGUGAACCAACUAUAUUUUGUACUGUCUGCAACAAGGGUUUCCAUUCAAGUUCACGUUAUGAUUCCCAUUAUAAAACUCACACUAAAACCAAGCCUUAUAUUUGUGAUAUUUGUCAUGAAAAAUUCUCUGUUAUGGACUCCCUUAUUCAACAUUAUCUAAAACAUUCCAGAAAUCAGGUAAGAAAUGAUAUUAGAAGGAGAGAGGAAGAUAACGUAUCUCAGAUGAUUUUAGUUGAGGAAGGUAAUUCUGAUGAAACAGGUUCAAAACCCCUGAAGAGGAAACACUCGGAUAUAUUGGUAUGUUUAGAGGAUGAUGCAAAAGAUAAUAAAUCUUCAAAAAAGAAAAGUGCCCAAAUAAUCACAGAAGAUGAUCCGGAUCCAGCACAUUUAAGACCUGUUAGGAGAAAACGUUCGCAAAAAUUCAGAUUGGUUAAUCCAUUGAAACUAGUUCAGCCAAAUGAGAUCAUUUCAAAAAUUAAACCAGAAUUGGUAGAGGAAGAAUAUUCUGAUGAAGGACAGCAAAUUGUUGUUGUUGAACUUCAAAAUAUUAAAUCAGAGGAGUUAAGUAAUCCUGAUUGUCAAUUUUCUUGAUUUAUAUUACAAUUGCAUAUUGAGAAAAAAUGUUUGCAUUGUCAAUUAAUGUUGUAUUGAAGUAAAAUUGUUGCAUAACUGCAAAUAUUUUUUUAAUGUGCCUACAUCAAUAUCAGCUGGCUUAACCAAAAUUUUUUUCAACAUGACUAAAAAUUUUCAAGAAUGUGUUAAAUGAUUUGAAUAAAUUACUAACAAUUAGUUGUUAUGAGUAAUUACAAUAAGAUAAUAUAUUUGUGUCAGGCUCAUAUUCUAAGAAAAGGCUGCAAAUUAUUACUUCAAGAUCAAACUUCAAGAUUUAAAUUAUCCUGAUUAUGAAUUUUUUUUGUUUAUAUUUUAAAAAUUUAUUUAUAAAUUCAGUUGAAUUCUACAGCAGCUACAGAAAAAAUUAUGUAGCUACGCAUGUUUUUUGAAGAUGCUUGCAUCAGUGCCAGCUAAAAUAAACAUUAUUUUUCAAAAUUAGUUACAUUGUCUAAAUAUUUCUAUUCAAAAAUAUGUCAUUGUAAAUCAUUUUCAAUAAAUUAGUUUCCAUGAAUAAACUUACUAAGAAAUUAUGAUAAAUACUGGAUAAUAAGAUAAUUCAGUUAAGAUUAACUACAGCAUUUUUAAACACAAUUUGUAUGGUAUUCUGUAAUCAUCACCUUUAAUGAAUUAUGUAUUUCUUGUAAAAAAUAAAAGUGUAUUUAUACACUUGAUUCAUUAAUGUAACAUUUUAGUGAAGAAAAAUUAAGAAUAUUAUUUGAAUCUGACAAUUUCUUUCAUUGUGGAGAGAAGUUCAACCCCUUGGGGGUUAAGCAAAUGGGACAAAUUUGGAGAAUGUUUCUUCCUUCCUAACAAUAUUUCUUUAUCUAAUAACAUGGGAAACCAGUUUUGCUAUGGCGUGAAAACUGUGGAUUAAAACACGACUUUUUAUGUUCAGAACCGUCAAUGGUUGAAAAUAAAAUUAAAAAUUAGAUUUAUUGCCAAAUUAAAAAAAUUAAGUGUUUUUUACAUAGUGCAUAGCGUUUUUAAAAAGUGCUCUUUUUUUCGUUUUUUAAAAGCCCUUUAAGGUGCUUUUUUCAUUGGGAGUUUUUGAAAAGUGCUUAGUUUUCCCUUUUCGCAAAUGAAAUUUUUUUCUUUACCCUGACAAAUUUCGAAACAUAUUAUGUAUUAUGCAAAAGCAUGCUUUUCACAUUAUUCUAUUCAACGUUUUUACCAUUCAUUCAACCACAAUCCAUUUCGGCGUACCUUCGAUCCAUAGUGUAUGGAAGAGCCAAUCAUUUUGCAUGUUUGAUUAAAUACUUGCAAAUCCGGAUUUGCGUCUACUGAGAUGGGUUCGGUGAAAUUAUUGCACUCUCGUGUGCGACUCUGCUGUAUUUUGUUAGAUCUCAAUUUUUGUUAGUUCUCAAUUUCAGGCUUCAUUUCUGAAGUCGAAUCGAAAAAUCUCUCUAUCUUUUGAUGGUGACUAAUAUAAUCAAGAAAAGAAUUAUUUGUCAGAAACUAGUUAUUUUAUCGUGAUCAUGUAAAAUCUUUGAAACUUAUUUUGCAUUUUGUUAAUGUAUAUAAUGCUUAAAAAUAGUUUUUGAGUGCUUAAAAACUACUUAAAAGGUGCUUAUUUUUUGUUGAAAGAUUUGGCUAUGCAACCUGUUUUAUAAUAAUCCUUCAUCUUCUCUCAGUUUGGUUUGUCAAUAUUACUAAGUUUUAAAGUUUUCAAUGUUUUAUUACUUUCAGGUUUUGAUAUCAUAUGUGAGUUUUCUCACUUAAGCCUUAGUUUGCUACUCUCAAUGUAUACCUUUUUUUUUUCUAUAUUUUUGGCAAGAGUGCUAAAAAUAUAUAUUAAAGGCAGGGAUAAGUAAUGUUAUCAGAAUUAUGAAAUUGAUCAAUUAUUAUCAAAAUUAUAUCUCAAGUUAACCAAAAAGAAUGUUUAUUGUAACAAAUCUAUGUCUGUGCAACAUUCAUUAAUGUUAAUAUUUUAUCUAUUUAUUAUAAAACGCAUGCUUAAAAUAAAUUUAAUUACUAUUAAAAGUUAAUUAAUUUAUUGAUACAAAUUUAAAAUGUUAAAUGUCCAAAAUCUUGGUGGUCAUCUUUCUACAAUAAAGUUUCGUUAACAUAUGUACUUAGUUAAUGAUUGGGGGAAAAUUGUCUCUCAUUAAAAACACAUUGAGUGUCACAUCAGUCAUGAGUGACUGAAACGGAACUUUCUAUUAUGGCAUCAUCACUUAUCAGUGAUUUACAGCAUAAAAUUUUAUCUAAAACUAAGAAAUUUUCAUUGUUGUUAUCAAUUACUAGAAAUUUGUUUAAGAUUUACUUGAUUUUUAUUUUUAACAAAUCAAAUUUUUAUUUACUUCAAUCUUUUAGUAGUGAGCUUGUCGCACUGGUAUACUAUAAAACAAGCACUACUGCUAUGCUACAAACAUUGGCAUGAGAGGGAUUCCUUUAAAAAUACGCUUGGCACUCAACGACUAUAACAUGUUGAAGAUACCUUGAAUGAUUUUUGAUGCUAGAUGUUUAAAAAAAAGAGUCAUUUGGAACAAAUGUUAGAAAAAUUUUACUUUUUACUAACUGAAACUAUUUUUGAUUUAUAUUGUUUGAUCGAGUAUUCUUUACAGAAUUGAAAUAUGUCUCGUUACAUCUUUUAUAUAUUCCUUCACCGUAGCAAAAUUUUACACUAUUAUGAAUCAAACAAAAUGUAUUAGCCUUACAAAACAAAUAGAUAAAAUGUUAUACAGAUCAUGAUGUAAUUGCAUGCAGCAGUAUGCUUAACUGCUGGUAUAGAAAGAUUGUUUUCUGUUUUUAGAUUUGCACAAAACAAAACUAGAGACUGGUUAGAUGUUAAUGAAGCUGUCAAACUUGUGAUUAUUUUUAAAGUACAGUAGAGCGCUGAUUAUCCGAACUGCUCGGGACCAAACAUCGUUCAGAUAAUUGGAAGGUUGUUUAAAAUCUAGUAAAUUAUCAUUAUUUAUGCACUAACUUGCCUUCACACUUCUUCCAGGUUUAGGACUGGCAGUACUAUCUAAAAUAGCUCUGUUUAAAAAAAAAUUUAAAUAUUUUUAGUUAUUUUUUUUAAAACUUUUUUUUUUAUUUUGAAUUUUUUUAAUCAUAUUUCAGCUUUUUAAAUUUUUUUUUGUCCAUUACUGAUUUAACCACAUUUUUCUUUAUUUUCCAUUACAAAAGAAAUCCAGCAAAGACUUUUGUUUCAAAGAAGAUGCUCUUUUUUGAGCAGCCAUAUUCCUUAUUCUUUUAAAUAAAUCAAAUGAAAUGGAUCAACAUCAUUUUGGCAUUCUAGUUAAUUCAUUGCAAUAUCUAAUAAGUUGCAUGCAUCUAUAUGAGAAGGUCCACUACUUUGAACUUGAUCACCUACGUCUUCCUCUGUGGAGUUCCGAUUUUCAUUCAAAAUUUUAGCAACUAUUUCAUCAUCAUUUGAAAUACCGGGACGUUUUCAGUGUCUCGACACCAGUCUUCUAUUUCUUCUGCUGCAUAACCUGGCAUCUUUUCAUCCGAAUGAUCUACUUUUUCAGAAAUUUAGAAAAAUUGUUGAUAAGUUAAAAAGUAUUCUAAACUUUGAAAAAAAAUAAAUUAAUAAAUAAAUUCGAACACAGUUCGGAUAAUUGGACAUUCGGAUAAUCGGCGCUCUACUGUACUUAAUAAAUAAAUGUCUUUAUUUUAUAUACAAUUGUUAAUCAUCAAUUAAUAUUUAGUAGUUAUCAUAAAAAAAAAUUUUGACAUUGUUAAGGAUUAUUUUCUACCUUGUUUGGCUGGAAAAUAAUAUGGCUCCUACUAUAUAUAUUUUUCCUUAUAUCUCUGGUGGUCUUUCGAAUAUAAUGAUAAGCUAGUUUACCCAAAAAAUAUUUUUCCAUAACUAGCUAUUUUUAAAAUUAUUUACUUUAAAAAUGAUUGAAAAGUUUUGACUCAACAUAAUAUAACAUUUUAUUGAACUAUGCAUUUUUAUAUUAUUGAAUAAUUCAAUAAAUAAGUAUUCAAAAA